GUCCAGCCCAGUGCAACCUUAUCUUUUUCUCUGGAACAGAGAAAACCGAAACAAAGAGAACUCGAAACUGUUAGAGAGAGAAAUAAAGAGGAGAGAGAGAGAGAGAGAUGGAUUUUACAGAGAAGGAAGAAUUAUUGGUUAAAGAAUCGUGGGAAGUUUUGAAGAAGGAUUUGCCUCUCUACAGCCUUCGUUUCUUCACUCAGAUACUGGAGAUAGCUCCAGCAGCGAAGGGGAUGUUUUCUUUCUUAAGGGAUUCAGAAGAGAUUCCUCACAACAACCCUAAGCUCAAGGCUCAUGCUCUCAAGGUUUUCAAGAUGACAUGUGAAUCAGCCAUUCAACUGCGAGAGAAGGGGGAGGUGGUGGUCUCUGAGACUACCCUCAACUAUUUGGGCUCUGUCCAUCUUCAGAAUGGAGUCAUUGCUCCCCAUUUCGAGGUGGUGAAAGAAGCAUUGCUACGAACAGUGAAAGAAGCAGUGGGAGAGAAAUGGAGCGACGAAGUGGACAGUGCCUGGGGAAAGGCCUACGACCAAUUGGCUUCAGCAAUCAAAGCUGAAAUGAAAUAAAAAGAUUAAAAAUUCCAUUUAAUUGGUGAUCAAAUUCAUUCAAAAUUUGGCUGAUUUGUUAUUUAUGGUCCAGAAAUUGAAGAAAACAACAGUGCAUAAGAUUUAUGAUGGUAAUAAAUUGUUAUUACAAAUGAAGUUGCUUCUCUUCCAACUUCAAA